GCGCCGACGCGCGCAUGCUGCGCGGCACUGACUACAAGCCAUACACAGCUGUCGGCGUCACUGAGCGGCCCUUUCCCCAGUUCUACGCGACACGCCGCGGGGUGCGGCGCACUGGACGGGACGGAGCGGCCGCGGCCGCGGUCUGCCGCAAUGCAGCGCGUGGUGGCCGCAUGUAGAUCGAAAACAACUGCAAUCAGCGC